AUGUCAAAUCAAAUUCAAUCAAAUAUUAAAGAUCCAUCAAUUAAAGAUUUAAUUAUACCAGAUUUUACAACUACAACAGAAUCUGAUAAAGUUGUAUUUUCAAUUGCAUUAAUGUCAACAAUGAAAAAUUAUUUUAAGUUUGUUUUCCAAUCAUUAUGUGGACUUUCAGAAGUAACAUUUUUAAGUGAAAUUAAUGAUUAG